AUGUCAGCAACGCCUCGCAAGCCUGGAACCGCCGGCAGUCCCAGCAAAUCAUCGACCGCAGAUCCGCCCUCGGCCAACGGGUCCACCACACGAGGACAUGCACGUUCGCCCAGCACCGCUACCAAUGGCCUCAACCGCUCCCCUUCUCUCAGAGGCUCGACUCCUGUCUCUGCGCGUGCCGCCGCAAGAAAACCCAUCCGAUCCAAUCUGAGCAUGUCCAACGUCCCGCGCAUCUCGAAUGACCCCUCCGAGGAGGAGGCGCGGGCCCAGAGUGCUGCCCUCAUAGAAGAGCUGCGGGAGCAACUUCAGAAAGCCGAGACCGCAUCCGAACAGUACCAGAAACAACUCGGCGUAUUGCAAAUGCGCCUCGAUGAAUCGAUCGCGGAACAGAGCAAACUGGAGGAUCAAGCCCACGAGCGAGACAGCCGGAUUGAGACGCUCAGCAGCGAGAUUCGAGAGCAAGCCCGCCAGAUCCGUGAUCUCGAGCAGAACCAUGAAUUAGAGCGGAAUGCCAUGCUGCAGGAGAAGGAGCAGCAGACCAGCCGGGAAGAGGAGCUGCAGGCGACUAUCCAGCGCCUGAAAGAAUCCGUGGCGCAGAAGGACCGGAUUAAUGCCGACAGUGAGCGCCACCAAGUCUCGCGAUCAUCUAGCUUCCGCAAUCGAGCCUCGCCAGAUGCGGACGGCCAAUUUGCGCCAUCAUCGCAGCUCGAGCGCAGUCCUUCUCGCAAUAAUUCGAACCUUCUGCUCCAGAAGGACAAGGUGAUUGAAUCUCUUCGUCUGGAACUGGCGGAACAUCAAAUCAAGCUUGUUGAAAUGGAGAAUGCGGGUGGUGGUCGACAACGCGAGCUGGAAAAGGAACUUCUGGAGGCGCGCAUGGCCAACGCCCGCCUCAUGGAGGACAACGAAAGCUAUCAGCUUCUCCUGAGUGAGAAGACGCUGACCGGCGACUUCCACAAGGGCGAUUUCAUGCAGCAUGCUCAGACUGAUAAGCAGUCCAGUGGUGGCUUGGGAUCCCUGGCGGAUGAACUGGAGUCGGUGGAUGAAGCACCUGAAGUAGACUCGAACCGCAAGCCUGAAGUUAGCGAGAUUAAAAGUCUCAAGGAUCAAAACAAGGCUUUAACGCUCUAUAUUGAGCGCAUCAUUAGUCGUGUUCUCCAGCACGACGGUUUCGAGCAUGUUCUGGAUCGCAACGAUGAUGAGGGUGCUACCAACGCUGCGCCUAAGUCAUCGGGUGGUGACAAGGACCUGCCACCCACUCCUCCCGAGAAGGACGAUGCCCAGCAUCAGUCAUUUUUGCAGCGUACCAAAUCGAUGAUCUCGGGCCCAGCUCGUCCUCAACCCCAACCCCAACCCCGGUCGCGCCCGGCCAGCAUGAUGCCACCACCUGCAAUCCCACACAACACCGCCAACGAGAACCCCGAAACUGCGCCCAGCAUUCCUUUCAGAACUCAAUCAGUGCGGGCUAGCCACCGCCGCACACGCUCGGAGCAAGUUGACCCGAACGCUGCCUCUGUUGUGGGAGCCAUGUACCGCGGUCGUAAUUCUGGAGGCGGUCCCAUGAGCCCAACCGCCAUGGGCCCUGGCUCGCGCCAAAGCAUGUUCUCGGGAGCUGCCAGUUACAUCUCAGGGGUCAGCCGAGCUCCUUCGAUGUCGAGUCAAACCGACCGUGCCAACCGCAGUAGCUCUCCUAGUGUUACCAGCGAUAUCCACGGCGACACCAGCUCCACCGGUGCGACAUCCAGCCCGCCUCGCUCGAGCAGCGGUAUGAACAACUACACUGGGGCUGUGAUGACACAGAACAAACUGCGCCCACUGCGUCUGGUUAGUGAAACUGCCAAGCUUGAGGAGGAAGAAGCUGCUCGGAAGAAAGCGAAUCGCGCAAGCUGGAUUCCGGGAUGGUUCAACCGUCCAGCCAACGCGGAGGAGCCGCAGCAACAGCCACCUCCGCCACAGUCUUAA